AUGUCGGCCAGACUUGUGGGCGGAGCCAGCCCUCUGCUCCGAUGCGGUCGGCCGGCUUCCCUGCCUCUGUCUCACUCCUCGAGGGCAUUCACGUUCCUCCGUGCCUUCUCAGUCAACGCCCCUCGAGUCCACACACCGCCGACCUACUCUAAGCUUGCCCAGAAGCGCUUCUUCGCCGCUGUCUCCGGUCCAACCUCGACCACCGCCGGCAAGGCCCAACCAGCGCCGAAUGCCAAAUUCUACCUCGAUAGCGGGGUUAUCAAGCCCCAGAUCCCGCUGGACAUCAAGAAGGUCUUGGUUGUUGGAAGCGGUGGCUUGUCUAUCGGCCAGGCCGGUGAAUUCGAUUACUCGGGCUCCCAGGCCUUGAAGGCUCUUAAGGAAGCCGGCAUCGCUUCCGUGCUUAUCAACCCGAACAUUGCCACGAUCCAGACCUCGCACUUCAUUGCGGACGAAACAUACUUCCUGCCGGUUACCCCUGAAUAUGUGACCUAUGUCAUCGAGAGGGAAAAGCCGGAUGGCAUCUUUUUGUCCUUCGGCGGGCAGACAGCUCUCAACCUCGGUGUUAACAUGCAAAACCACCCCGGCGGAUCCCUCUUCGACAAAUACGGCGUGAAGGUUCUAGGCACGAGUAUCCGGACUCUCGAAAUCAGCGAGGACCGCGACCUGUUCUCAAAGGCCCUGGAGGAAAUCAACAUCCCAAUCGCCAAGUCCAUUGCCGUCUCGACGGUUGAGGAAGCGCUCGAGGCUGCUGAGAAGGUCCAGUAUCCCGUCAUCAUUCGUGCUGCCUUCUCUCUGGGCGGCCUGGGCAGCGGCUUUGCCAACAACAGGGAAGAGUUGAGGCAGAUGAGCGCCAGGAGCUUGGCCCUCUCGCCACAGAUCCUCGUCGAGAAGAGUCUCAAGGGCUGGAAGGAGGUGGAAUACGAAGUCGUCCGGGAUGCGCAGAACAACUGCAUCACGGUGUGCAAUAUGGAGAACUUCGACCCCUUGGGCAUCCACACGGGAGACUCGAUCGUCGUCGCACCAUCCCAGACCCUCUCGGACGAGGAGUACCACAUGCUUCGAACGGCCGCUAUCAAGAUUGUUCGCCAUUUGGGGGUUGUGGGCGAAUGCAAUGUCCAAUACGCGCUUCAACCAGACGGACUGGAUUACCGAGUCAUUGAGGUCAAUGCCCGGUUGUCGCGGUCGUCGGCCCUGGCCUCAAAAGCCACGGGCUAUCCUCUGGCUUAUACAGCUGCAAAGAUCGGCCUCGGUAGCGAUCUCCCGAGUUUGCCCAACGCCGUGACCAAGACAACCACCGCCAAUUUCGAGCCGUCUUUGGACUAUGUCGUCGUGAAAAUCCCAAGGUGGGAUCUCAGCAAGUUCCAGCUCGUAGACCGGGCAAUUGGCUCGGCCAUGAAGUCGGUCGGCGAGGUCAUGGCCAUCGGCAGGACGUUCGAGGAAGCCAUUCAAAAGGCCGUUCGCAUGGUCGAUCCUAGCUUCCCGGGGUGGUAUAAUCCGGAAAAGCAGCAUUUCGAUGAUAUCGACCACGUCUUGCAAAACCCGACUGAUCGCCGGUGGCUAGCAGUUGGCCAGGCCAUGUUGCACGACGGCUACUCCGUCGAUAAGCUGCAUGAACUGACCAAGAUUGAUCGGUUCUUCCUUUACAAGCUCCAGAACAUUGUGGACUGUGGCAAGGAGCUUGAAGCCGCCGACGGUCUCGAGUCCCUGAGAAAGGAGCAGGUCCUGAAGGCCAAGAAGAUGGGCUUCUCCGACAAGCAGAUCGCGAUGGCUUGCAAGUCGACCGAGGAGAAGGUGCGGGCCUACCGCCUCAGCCUCGGGAUCCGCCCGUGGGUGAAGAAGAUCGAUACCCUGGCCGCCGAAUUCCCUGCCGAUACCAACUACCUGUACUGCACAUACAACGCCUCUACGCAUGACGUCACCUUUGAGGACAAGGGAACCAUCAUCCUCGGCAGUGGUGUUUACAGGAUUGGCAGUUCCGUGGAGUUCGACUGGUGUGCCGUCUCGGCGACCCAGGCUUUGCGACGGAUGGGAAAGAAGACGGUCAUGAUCAACUACAACCCUGAAACUUAUUCCACAGACUUCGACACAGCGGACAGAUUGUACUUCGAGGAGUUGAAUUACGAGCGUGUUCUCGACAUCUACGAAGCCGAAACUGCCAGCGGCGUGGUUGUCUCGGUCGGUGGCCAGCUGCCCCAGAAUAUCGCCUUGAAGCUACAGGAAUCUGGCGGGGCAACGGUCCUCGGCACAGAUCCCAAGGAUAUCGACAAGGCCGAGGAUCGCAAGAAGUUCUCGGAGAUCCUUGACAGCAUCGGUGUUGACCAGCCGGAGUGGGCCGAGCUGACUUCGGUCGCCGAGGCCGAGCAGUUCGCCAACGCUGUCGGGUACCCUGUGAUCUGCCGUCCCAGUUAUGUCUUGUCCGGUGCUGCGAUGACGGUUAUCCGAAGCGAGGAAGAGCUCAAGGACAAGCUCCUAGCUGCCGCCUCGGUCAGCCCGGAGCACCCAGUCGUGAUCAGCAAGUUCAUCGAAGGUGCCCAGGAGAUCGACGUCGAUGGUGUGGCUUCUGAGGGCAAGCUCCUCAUCCACGCCGUCAGCGAGCACGUUGAGAACGCCGGCGUGCACUCGGGAGACGCGACGCUGGUGCUGCCACCGGUGAAUCUCGAGCAGGGUGUCAUGGACGGUGUCAAGGACAUCGCCGAGAAGGUCGCCAAGGCUUGGAGUAUCACCGGCCCCUUCAACAUGCAGAUCAUCAAAGCCGAUGACCCUGCUGGCGGACCGCCCAAGCUGAAGGUUAUCGAGUGCAACCUGCGGGCGUCGCGGUCCUUCCCCUUCGUCAGCAAGGUUCUUGGCGUCAACUUCAUCGACGUGGCCACCAAGGCACUCGUCGGCAAGGAGGUGCCAGAGCCGCAGGACCUGAUGGCCGUGAAGCGCGACUACAUCGCCACCAAGGUGCCGCAGUUCUCGUGGACGCGCCUCCUGAAGGCCGACCCCUUCCUGGGCGUCGAGAUGUCGUCGACGGGCGAGAUCGCCUGCUUCGGCAAGGGCGAGGACAAGGAGGCGGCGCUGGUGGACGCGUACUUUGCGUCGAUGCAGUCGACCAUGAACUUCCGGCUGCCGCAGCCGGGCGAGGGCCUGCUGUUCGGCGGCACCGACAAGGCCGCGCUGGCCAAGGUGGUCGCCCACCUGGCGCCGAUGGGGUACAAGCUGUACGCGGCCGAGCAGGACGUCAUGGAGGCGAUCCGCGCCGCCGACGUGGGCGGCGCCGCGGCGCACGCCGCGGUCGUCGACUUCCCCGAGGACAAGGGCGUGCUGCGCGAGAUCUUCCAGAAGCACGACAUCCGCGGCGUCUUCAACCUCUGCCGCACCCGCGCCAAGGACGUCCACGACGUCAACUACAUCAUGCGCCGCAACGCUGUCGACUUUGGCGUGCCGCUGUUUAUGGAGAGCCAGACCGCCAUGCUCUUCGCCAAGUGCCUGGCUGCCAAGCUCCCCCGGCCAGAGGGCAUGCCGAGCGAGGUCCUCCGGUGGUCCGAGUUCAUCGGCGGGAAGCCCCCUUCCCUGUAAAUGCCGCGUGUGCAUGAGAACGAGACGGUUGGAUUGGGAUUGGGGGCUCGGGGGAAAGGGGGCUCCGUUGGCCGCGCGAUAAGUUGUAAAGCGUCGGGGUCGUGGAUGUGACGAAUUAUAAAAAGAAGAAAAAAUAACCCCUUAUUAUUCCCUGCCCCCCUUUCCCCUCUGCUCAUUGUCGAGGCGUUUGGCCUUUUUGUCAUUUUCGUUUUGUCAGCUUUUUCAUAGGACGGCAUUUGACUUUCAGGCUUUUGGUUUGUAGAUUGACCUGGAGUAUGUGGCAAUUGAACCUGCCGGGCUGUCGGCGUAUUUGAUUCUGAGUAGCACAAUUGGGGUUACUGAUCUGACUUCGCCCCCCUUUUUCUUACAAUCUCAGCACGGUUCGCACAGCAAAAUAUUAGGAGGAAGAC